AUGUGCAAGGCCAUGAGCAAAGCAGCGAGCUGGGAGAUGGACGGACUGCGCGGCGACAGCAGCGGCGGCGGCGGCGGCAGCGGCGGCGGCGGCGGAGCCCCCGGGCAGUGCCGUAAUUUUCUCUCCUCGCCCGUUUUCGGGGCGGCGCACACGGGCCGAGCGGCCGCCGCCGCCGCUGCCGCCGCCGCCGCCUCGGGUUUCGCCUACGCCGGCGGAGGGGAGCGCUCGGGGGCGGCGGCGAGGCCCGACCCCCCGACCAAGGACUGCCCGGGCUCCACCGCGCCGGCCGCCGCCCCCGCGCUGGGCUAUGGGUAUCACUUUGGCAAUGGAUACUAUAGCUGCAGGAUGUCCCACGGGGUUGGGAUACAGCAAAACGCCCUGAAGUCUCCCCCCCACGCCUCCAUUGGCGGCUUUCCCGUGGAAAAGUACAUGGACGUCUCCAGCUUGACCAGCACGAGUGUCCCCGCCAAUGAAGUCUCCUCCAGGGCAAAGGAAGUGUCCUUCUACCAGGGCUAUACAACCCCCUACCAGCACGUUCCUGGGUACAUAGACAUGGUCUCAACGUUUGGCUCUGGGGAACCGAGACACGAAACAUACAUAUCAAUGGAGGGCUAUCAGUCUUGGACUCUGGCUAAUGGCUGGAAUAGUCAGGUUUACUGUGCCAAAGAUCAGACACAGAGCUCACACUUCUGGAAAUCGUCCUUUCCAGGGGACGUUGCACUAAACCAGCCCGAUAUGUGCGUCUACCGGCGUGGGAGAAAGAAGCGAGUGCCGUAUACAAAACUGCAGCUUAAAGAACUCGAGAAUGAAUAUGCCAUUAACAAGUUCAUUAACAAGGACAAGAGGCGAAGGAUAUCCGCAGCCACAAACCUGUCUGAGAGACAAGUUACCAUUUGGUUUCAGAACAGGAGGGUGAAGGAUAAGAAAAUAGUCUCCAAACUGAAAGACAACGUAUCCUGAUACAUUAGUUGCGGACAGUGAUGAAAAUAUCAACUCAAUUUACAACCAGCUGAAGACUUUUGGAAAGACUUGAAAAUAUAUUUAAAUUUUUUUUAUCCUUCCAGUGGUGGCGAAAUUACGGGAAUUGUUUUCCGUGAAAGUCAGCUUUUUUCUCUCAGUGUAAGGGAGUGUUGACAAGUCUUGAAUUGAAUAAUAGUUUCUUCUUUUUGAAAAUAAUAAUAAUAUUAAUAUUAAUUAUAUUUUCUGUUCUUCCCACUAGGCCAGUAUAAACGAAUUUAAAUAUGUUGAAUGGUAACAGUUACAAUUUUUUUUAAUGCUUAAAUCUUUGGGGGGUAUUCUGAUUUUUUUUUUCUCUGAGAAACAGCCAGUGCCAAAACGUGUCAGUUUUGAUUUGAUAUCGUAAACUUCAAAACACGCCGAGUGAAAAAAAAAAUCAAUUGGAAAUACAAGAAAGCCGGAAUACGGACCCGUGGCAGCACCCGGCUCCUGCCAAACCUGCCUGGUCCACUGGGACCCGGAGAGAAUUGCGUGGAGAGUUACUGGCUGCAGCAGAAUUUUAAAUUACUUUUCGAGGAGGGGAGAACCUCUCCGAGCCGUUGAGGGCGCAGAACCGCGGGCGUGUCCCACCGCGCUCCCCGCUUCUGCAGCUUUGGGCUUGAGGCUGGGUUUGUGGGGUUUUCCGCCUCAGUUUCGUUUUCAGUGCAAGGAGUCCAUACUGCCCGGCUGGAAAAGGAGCCCCGGCUGGAAAAGAGAAGCGCUUGUGUCGGGGCCGGGGCUGCCGGGCGGGCUGCGGGGCUGAGCGCUCUGGAGGCGCAGAGAGCCGCGCUCGGGGCAGCGCUCUCGGCGUGACGGCUCGCCCCGCAGCCACAGGAGAGGCUGCCCCUGCAGAGGUGUGUAUGGACCUGCAAAGACCUGGCGGGAAAUGUCCGCUCUGCCCUGUUUGUCUGGACCAGCCCAAGACUCUGCUUCCUCCCGCCCAAGAAAUCCUUGUCGGACAAGCGAAGGUCACUGCUAGCUUUUAAUUUACAAAACUAAACGGGUGUUAAUGACAGAAGCAAUAAAUAAGGGAAUUCAAAAGAUGCCAUAAUUUAUAUGGGCCGAAAGGCUAAGAUUUUGUCGAUUUUUUUUUAUUAUUCUUUUAAACCUAGUGUGCAUGUUAUGAUAUACACAGGGUGAUCUGACACGCUAAUCAGCAACUAGGAGAGAGAAGCCUUAUCCUCUCUGUUAAUGUGCCUCAUCUAAUUAUUAAAAUGUGUUCCAAAGUAGUAUUAUUUAUUAUAAUAUCCUAUUGCUCUAAACAUUUUGAUUACCCUUGUAUGUGGUAAGACAUACGAUAAGUCUAUUUCUCCAUAAAGCGUUUUCUAAAAAAUUGUCUUAAAGUCAGCUUUUACUUUGUGUUGGAAAUACAAUCUGAACUACUAAACUGUUAAAGAUGUUGCAAUUUUUUUCCUGAAUCGUCUUUAAUAAAAUUAUUUCUUUUCGCUAUAUAUAAAAAGAGAGAAAGAAAUUCGCCUUCUUUUGCGGCACGGGGUUUCAUGGGCUCCAGGUUUGCUUGGGAUCAUCUCAGGGACAUUUACAGGACGCCGUUCCUGGAAAAUGAGAGGUAGAUACAAUGAGACGCGCAUUAAAGGAUGAGGAAGAGCAUCCGAAAGUGCCUUGUCGAUAGCAGAGGGUUUCAGUGAGAAACGGGGCGUGGGAAGCAGGCGAAAGGCUGUGUCCCCUCUUCCUCCGAGCCCUGCUCUGUCUGUCCGGUGUCUGGCGGCCGAGGGCGGCCCGCCGCCCCUUUGUUCUCCGUUUCCAAACCGGAGCGGCACUUGCCGCUUCCCCGGCGGCCGGCCCGCAGCGAUGCCCCACCGCUUUCUCUGCAGCCGGCCGCUCCACUGGGAGGUUGUCCUCUGCCUCCUCCGCCCUCUUCCUUCCCCUUCUUUCCCCAACUCCGCUUGCACGUUGAUGGCGUUUGUUUUUCCUGAACGGGAGAAAAAAGUCCAUUUCGGAGUAGUUCGGAUUUUAUCACAAAGCGCAUCUUUGUUUAAUUCUAGUAUAGAAGGACACUUGUAAUGCUCAUCAUUUACGUGCCUGGAACAGCCCUCUCUGCUGAUGCAACCUUGUUUUCUCCGAAUGUUUUAAAUUCUUGUCUUCUCCCCCUCGGCACCCCCACUCACCCACAC